AUGUAUGACUCGGACUACACUUUAACAAGGAUGACACGUUUUUGGACUUAUUUUGGAAUGUGGAGCUGUGGCUUGUAUUUCGCAAUCAACUUCCUCUUUGAACUUUCAAACUUUCUCUUCUACGAGACAGCUGCAAAGCCAAAAUUGUACAAGAAGUUGAUUUCGGUGUCACAUUUUAUUAAGGAGUCAUUUCAGCAGGCAGCCGUGGCUAUUGCUUUGAGUGUCUCGAUGAUGUUCUGGAUUCUCUACUUCAACUCGCCUUCGGCUGUUUUUAGAAUCACUGAUGAGUGGCAACCAACGUACUUUGAGGAGUUGUACUACACUCAUUUCGAACACACUCUGCCAUUGCUUUUCUUGAUUAUCGACUGUGUUGUUUUCAAACAAGGAAACACCAGAGUAAAGGACGUGUAUUAUAUUAGUAAAAUGACGCCAUUCUUUGCGUUUGGGCUGUACACUUCGAUUGUUGUCUAUGAUUAUUAUUAUUAUGACAUUAAACCGUAUCCAUUUAUGGAUUCAUGGAAUGCCUUUGGCAUUGCCGGGUUUAUCACUUCGUUUGUCAUUCUAAUUGGAACGGUGUUGAACCCAACGGCAUAUCUCCUCAGACAGAAUUUGAAUACUUUCUCUAAGUUCUUAUUCUCUUUGUUUUAA